AUGACCAACCCGGACGAUGGCUGUAUCCUGGAAAAUGCCGGGCACGGUACUGAAAUCAAUGAAAGUCGCUCGAAACCGAAGAAGACAAGUUUAUUUCGGUGGACACUUGGCCUAAUUGUACGCCUAUGUAUAUGGUAUGCACUACUUACGCCGAUCUUUCGAUGUCCGUCCCAUCUCUCAGAUUUGAAUGAGUCCUCGCCGCAAGUUUGCAAACCGUAUCUCGUCGCUCGCUCCUAUAUUGAACCUUAUGUUGCUCCCUAUUAUGAAACCUACGGUGCGCCUUACGUUGAAAUUACACGUCCAUAUGCACGAGGGUUCAAUGAUAAGGUUUAUACGCCUGUUUCAAAUGCCGCUAAAUGGAGUUAUGGCAGAUAUGGGGCUCCUGCUUUGGACAGGACUCAACAAUACACCCGGCAACACUGGGAAAGACAAGUCGUUCCUCAUUUGCAGUCCGCUCAGGACACCGCAGGCGAACUGUAUAAAUCCAAUAUAGCGCCUCACGUGGAACGUGUUGAGGCUGCUCUGUCACCGUACUGUCUGAAGACCAAGGCCGUACUGAGCUCGGUGCUUCAUGGAUAUGUAUUACCUUUCUGUGCCCAGUCCAAGCCAUUCAUUGGCAAAACGUAUACUUCUGGUCAAGAUAUACUCACAACUACGGUUAUGCCCUAUGCACAAACUACCUGGUCCUCGGUCAUCUACUUUGCAAACAGCUCGUUAUGGCCGAAGAUCACUGGUCUCUACUCGGAGAAUGUCGAACCUCAACUGGUAAAAAUAAGACAGAGGCUAGCAAGCUAUCGUGAGGGAAGAAAAUUGCAAAAUGUGGUGGAUGACGCUGAAAGUAUAACCUCUUCGGAACAACCCCCCCCAAUGACUUCCGCAUCAAUUCAGAAUGAACCGCCAGCCACAUCAACGGCGGUAGAGUCAUCCCCAACUCCGCAUAGACUCUCUCCUACGGAAUUGGCGGCUCAGGCUCGUGAGAAGAUUGAUUCUGACCUUCGAAUAUGGCAGGAAAAAUUCACAGUUGCUGCUGACAAGGGGAUCGAGGACCUUGAAGAACGUAUAAAUACGAUCGUUGAGAGCUAUAUAUCCGGAGGGGCAAAAGGUCGUGGUGAAAGCCUUCUAGUAUCAUUGGACGAGGUUCUUGAGCAUGAAUUAGCACAGAUCAAGCUUCGCAUAAACGCACUAGUCGAGUCACUGCCUGCUGAAGAUGCUCCUCAAGAAGAGGCGACGGCACAUGAUGAACUUUUGACAGAGAUCAGACAAGCCGCGAUCAUCGUACGAGAUCAUGCUCAUGCACUCCGAGAAUGGCAUGAAACGUUUGACCAAGAGAUAGAACGCCGUGUCUCUGCUGCUGUAGAUUCUACUCUGGAUGUAUUGAAUAGUGUCCGUGAUCUAGGACUCCAAGAGAUAGGCAUGCGAUGGGCCUGGAUGGAUGGGGUAACAUAUAAGGACUGGGCGGAUUACCAUGCCUUAAAGGCAGGGUUCAACGACUGGAGAGGUCACAUUCGCGACGUCGGGAUGCAACAUGCGAAAAUAGAUGAGGCUAGAGCGUUGUCGGACAACAUCUUGUCACAUGGGAUGGAUGGCGCCAAAGCAGCUGCGAAUGAGCUUGCGAGGCUCAAGGAUGUUGGCAACUGGAAAAUUGCGGCACGAGAAGUUAGCGACGAUUUUAAUGCUAGGACUAGCCCGCCGCCUCCUCUACCAAAAUGCAGCACAGCAAUAAGCCAUACGCCAGGGAAUGAUGCUGAGGGUCAGGAUGAACAGGAUACUCCAGUUUCACGGGGUGGAGAACAUGAUACUGAUACGAACUCUGCCUCUGGCUCCGCUAUUGAUGAUAGUGAAACAGAAGAGCACGGCCGGGGUCUCGACGAUGCACCCCUUAUGGACGAUCAGGAACAUGAGUCCCUACGCCAUGAUGAGGAAAUGCGUAAACAGGAUUUGCAGUCCAUCAAUUCUUCUCCCAGUUUCUCUAGUGAAGAUGAGGGCGAGAAUUCAGCCACGAGUGAACAAGAAGAUGCAGGAGAAAAUAACGGAGAUCGAUCUGCAUGGGGGGUUGCUGCAGCUGAUGUUGACAUAGAAGACAAUAAUUCUGAAGACGGUCAAUCAUCUGAAGUGCUUCAUGACAUUUUGGGUGCAGCUGGCGACAACGUUGCAGCCGCAACGAAAACUUUCGACGAGGACUUGCUCCAACCGUCGUCCAGCCCUGAUUUGGGCGAGAGGUCAACUAUUGAACAGGAUAGCGACCCCCAAGAUACUUCUGACCAACCACUGCCGCACUACGCAGCAGUUGAGGAUCUUGUCGCCCUACUACUUGAAGGUAGAGAGUCUUCCUUUGCCGAAGAUGUGAUGAACAAACUGCAUGCCAUUUAUGGGCAAUCAAUUUCUGCUGCUCCAUCCCCUACAGAUGACGUUGAACAUGCCCAGGAUACGCGUGAUAGCUCGCCCGUGUCUACGACCGGUGUUCCGAUUCUCGACAACAAUGUAGAGGGUGCAAGUGAGCAGACACAACUUGGGAUCAAUGGUGAUCCCGAUGACGAGACAGAGUAUCUGGAAGUCUCUGGAGAAGCAUCCUCAUGCAUUGCGGCAGAGAAUGAUGAUUUGGCCGAUCAUGUCGAGGAUACACUAAACAGAGGCGAGCUAUAA